GUACCGUCAAAAUACCGACCACGCCCACCUGUAGCCAUAGCGACGUAUACCGUCACGUGACUCUAAAAGGAGGGCUCGAGGCGGGAAACUUCACUAAGCUUGCAGAGUUCUCCAAUAUUGCGGAGUGCACCCGGAAGUGCUGCUCUAAGAAGAAAUGUGACGUUGCCAUAGUGAUGAGCAGUACGUGUUUUGGCUUGGAGUGUAAGUCCAGCAAGCUUUGCGAGACUCGUCCUGCUCGGCUGAAGAAUUUCAAGUUGAUCAUCGUUUAUAUCCAGAGAAAUACACCUGAUGAAAAAUCACCUCUCACGACCACCCRCCGACCACUCACAACAACGACAAAGCCACCAUCGCUUGAAGAUCUACUCGGCAAAGUAAACCCGACCAARCAACCAACCACAGUAUCAUUCCUAGCAAAGGCCCUUGGGAAAAUUCAAACCAUCCCAUCUCCAAAACCAACAGCAAAGCCAACCAAUAAAAUCCUGUGUUCUCAAGGACUACGUAUAAACAACGUCAUUCUCAAUGGCGGCAUGGGAUCAGGGGAGGUCACCCAGUACCURAACGUAUCAGACAUCAAUGAGUGUGAAUCCAAGUGCUGUCAAUCAAAGCAUUGUGACGUAGCGUUCGUCAUCAGUGACGUAUGCUACACCAUCAAUUGCUAUAGCCGUGACCUUUGUAGAACUCGCCCAAUAGAGAGCAGCAAGUUCACGUCGAGGGUUGUAUAUGUCAGUAGAAACGGAGUGACGAUGUUUAGUAGUGCUAAAGAUGCGAGGGUUGGAGGUAGUGAUGUCACGACUACUACACAUCCUACCACCACUAAUACUAUGCCAACAGAGACACCUGUCAGCCUGGAGGAUGGUGGAAGUGGUCAUAUAGAAUCCACUGAACGACCUAUCCCAUACAGGUCUUCAAAGACGAACACCAUACCUAAAGCGCAGGACUAUAAUCAGACCACGACCYUGCAGCCUCUACGCUGUGUGUCAGGAGAAAACUUGGUGAACGUACGGCUCAAAGGAGACCUGGACGCUGGGACGUUUGUAAAGAAGGGACUGGCGUCUAGRAUGAUUGAGUGCUCUUACUUUUGCUGCGAAGACAGGUCAUGUGAUCUGGCGUACCUCUUAGAYAACAUAUGUUAUACCGUAAGCUGCCGWAGUGCGGAUUUGUGUCAACCUGUGUCGUCAUCACCGACGUCUAUCAAUCCAAUAAUCUCCUACGUCACUCGAUAUGACAACGAUGGUAAUAUUAAGAAAAACCCAAACGGUCCAGACAUGUUUGUAAUCACGCAAGCACCACCAAGUGAACUACCAACAUCAUCUCCUACAACUCAUAUGCACACCCAACACACUGAUCCACCUACAACAACACAACCUACAACAACACAACCUACAACAACACAACCUACACCUGCAAUACAUCACCAUACUACUCAUCAUGAAAUCAAAGACAACGAAAGUGAGAAACAUGAACACGUCCAUCACCAUGACGACGAGGAAAACGAGGAAYAAACAAAAYAWCAUCACCAUAAAGAUCACURUYAGAAGAAUCAUCAKCAUCACAAACAGCAUCAUGACGAAGAUGAUAAACCACGCAAACACGAMAYUCAUCACCACAAACAUCACCAUGGAGACGGACACCAUGACGAUAUUGAAGACUAUCAUCACCAUGGAGAUAGCCACCAUGGAAACGGACACCAUGACGAUGAUCACAAUGGCGAAGAACACCAUACAAAGAGUCACCAUGGAGAUGGCCACCAUAAAAACAAUCACCAUGGAGAUCACGAUUCACAUAAAACUACGCACGGAGGAAGUGAAAAGGAAGACAAAUCGAAAGAAACAAAGAAAAUUGAUUCUAUUAUUUCCCGUCUUUCGCCGGAUGACCUUGAAACCAUUGCGUCACUGAAUAUCGCAGGAAAUGGAGCCAGUCUAGAAGAAAUAACACGAUGUACCGCAAGUGAUUAUGGGUGCCAACAUUACUGCAUUAACCUACCCAAUGGCGGCCACCGAUGUAUGUGUCACCAUGGCUACACACUCACUGUCAAUGGACGACAUUGUCAAGCAUUAGAUGAAUGUUAUGAGGAGAACCAUGGCUGCGAGCAUCGCUGUAUCAAUACGUACAAUAAUUACACGUGUCAGUGUAACAGUGGGUUUAUGCUGAACGCAGAUGGAAAACAUUGUGAUGACUUGGACGAAUGUAAGCUUGAAAUCCAUAGCUGUUCUCAGCAAUGUCAAAACACCCCAGGAAGCUAUAGGUGCUAUUGCAAACAAGGMUACACGCUGGAUACRGAUAGGGUGACAUGCAGGCGUUCUGAAGAAAUAGGAACAAGAAAGGACGACUUGAUACACCUAGACCAGGGACUUCAAAUUCCUUCGAUGAUCGUCCAAUCGCCCCAAGACAAGCAAGCAAUGCAACACGAAACCGCCAUCUUUCAAUGCAAAGCACGUGGCCACCCCGCCCCUCAUAUUGCCUGGGCUGUGGGUCCAAACGGUGACCAACCCCUCCCUAGUGAUGAUCGAUUUGGUUUGCUACCCAAUGGUGCUUUAGUAAUUCGUAGUCUUAACAUCAGUGAUACGGGUUUGUAUCGUUGUGUGGCGUCGAAUCCUGCUGGUAGUGCUGCUGAGGGAGCCUUCCUGAACGUUCAAGACCAAGACGAGUGUUCUACUGGAAGUCAUGUAUGUGAUCAGCAGUGUAUUAACACUGUAGGCAGCUAUCAUUGUAGAUGCAAAACUGGCUACCUUAUUAACAACGAUGGCAAAACAUGUGACGACAUCGAUGAAUGUACUAACGGUAGUCAACGUUGUAGUCAAGAAUGUCAUAACACWCUAGGAAGCUAUUUGUGCAGCUGUCACUCAGGGUACAAACUACAUCCUGAUAAAUCGUCUUGCAUUGAUAUCGACGAGUGUUCUACUAGAGAUCAUGGRUGUUCUCAACUGUGUAAUAACACYCAAGGAAGCUAUGAUUGCUACUGUCUUCAUGGGUUCACAUUYGCUGCUGAUAACGUUACUUGUGUUGGGCAAGCAUCUGUGGUUAGAAAUGUUCAGAAGUCAACGACCUUAUCUGCUGGUAUGGCKGCGUUUGCUGGAUUAUUAAUCGUAUCGUGUGUUCUGGUCAUGGUUUCCAUUGUCUGUGGAAUACACUCCAUUAAGAAACGACUUCGUGGAGGACUGGACGACGAGGAAAAGGCUUACAAGAAAUCUAUCUUCUCAUGGCUCGAAUAAACGUAUUGACAUAUAUUUUGUACUUUUUAUACUCUUGAAGAUAUUUAUCAUAAGCACAAAAAUUUGUAUAAAGAUAAAAGAAGAAAAGCCAGCAGUAAAUAUAAAGCAUAUUUAAGGUCUAUUUAAGCUAAAGAAAUYCAAACUCUAAGCACAAAAACACAUUUAGUAGAUCGCUGUUAUAUAAAAAUAGUUAAAAUACAACUUGAGUGACAUGUUUAUUUUGUAUUUAUUCCCAUUUGUAAAUGUUCUUUUAUCAACAAAUUUUUCUGGGUUAUUUUCGUAUGGCAACGAUCUUGCAGUUAGAUGUACAUAUAAAAUAUUUAUAAAUUUCUAUAUUUUCAUAAAUAUAAUCUCUGUAAAUAAUACUUUUAAUAAAAUGCAAAAAGAACUCGCUUUGAAACUGUGUAUAACUGUUUCCAUAAGAUGAUAACAUUAUUUUUAUAAAAAUCUAUUUUUGUAACCAGCUAUUUUCACKAAUAUAUAAAAAAACUUGUAUAAUCUUGUACAUAAAAUAAACAAUUUGAAUGAA